AUGGCGAGAUUUUUUGUUUCAGCUUUGUUUUUGCUUUCGGGAAUUGCCCAGGCGAUGCCAAGUUUGGAUGGAAUGCUCGAUUUUACUUUUCAUCCAUCUCUGGAAGCAAAGCUUGAAAACGAAUUCGCUCGUAGAAGACGAACUAUGGAUGCUCACUACGAAGGUGACGAGCAUUCCUGGCACAACGCCGCUGAUUUUGACGAUCUUCAGAAAUUCUUUGAAAAUGCGAAACUGUCCUUUUAG